AUGUACAAAAGACGUGCUAAGCUCCCUGUACUCCUGAAAGUUGGUCUUUCCCGGCUGUCAACGGUCUUUCUCUAUGGUCACCAGCCUAUUCCUGGUUGUCAACUAAACCACAGUAUGAAGAGAAAGAAUCUAUCACUGUUAGAAUUUUUAGGUGCAGAUGGAAAUAUCUGGCUCUCAGUGCCAGAAGAGGAUGAUAAUCUGCCUUUGAUAAUUGGUAUAGUGCUUGCUGUGGUUGUGGUGGUUGUUAUCGGUGCAGUGGUUGGUUUUGUAAUGUUCAGGUUCUGGAAGAAGAGAAGUGGCCCAGGCAAAAAGAAACCUGCAUCCGAGAGUGAUAAUGAUGAAUUCACAGGAAUUGACCCUGCAGUUGCUAAAAUUCAGAGAAAAAGACCUAUUGUGUUGGAGGAGAUAGAAGAGUAUGUAAACAAGAUGCACAAAGACUGUAACCUGCUUUUCUGUGCCGAAUAUAAGGACUUGAAAACACUCAGUCCGAUGCAUGCAUGUGAGGCAGGUGAAAGGAUGGAGAACAUAAUGAGGAACAGAUACAUAAAUAUCAUACCAUUUGACCAUACAAGAGUGAAGUUAAGUACAAAUGGAGAGGACGACAGUUCUGACUACAUCAAUGCCAACUACCUUCCUGGGUACAGUUCACCCCGGGAAUAUAUUGGAUGCCAAGGGCCUAUUCCAGGAACGAUUGAUGAUUUCUGGAGAAUGACAUGGGAACAGAAUGUGUCUGUGGUUGUCUUGUUAACACUAUGCAAGGAGGAACAGAAGUUUAAGUGUGAGAAGUACUGGCCAGAUGAAGUGGGAGAGCCAGAGCAAUAUGGAGAUGUCAUUGUUGAGACAACAUCGUACUCCGACAUCCGUACAUACGACUUCAGAAAGUUCAAGAUCACCAAUGGCAGUACAACCCGUGUAGUGAAGCACUUCCAUUUCCUGAGCUGGCUAGACUACAAGAACGAUGUUUACCUUGACAUUAUUCUAGAUUUCAUCCAGUAUGUGAGACAAGUCCAGCCUCCUCCUGACACCUCCGGACCUAUGAUAAUACAAUGCAGUGAGGGUGUUGGUCGUACAGGAACGUACAUCGCGGUGGAUUACCUGAUGCAGUUCAUUAACGAACAUGACGUUGAUGUCGAUAUUGACAUAUUUGAUUUGGUCCUCAAACUGAGGGAGAACAGACGACACAUAGUGCGAUCAGAGGUACAGUAUGCGUUAAUCCAUGAUUGUGUGAAGGAGAUUAUGGACAGAAAGAGAAGGCAGAUGGAAAAUAUCUAUGAAAACCAAGCAUUCUAUACUUACCAAAUGAAUGUAUGUAAACUUAAACACAUUAAGUCUACGAGAUGCUUAGUAUUGUUUUGUAACUUAAGAUGCUUACCAAAUGAAUAUACUUACCAGAUGAAUGCAUGUGAAGUUAAGCUCACUGCGUCUAGAGAUGCUUAG